UUGGACAGAUAUGGCCCGUGCACCCUUUCACAUGCGCCGUCCGCGCCUGUCCAGUGGAAUGCUUCGCGGGCAAUCACGAAAUAACACGCCUUAUAUUUCGCGAGCGGGCUGCAAGAGGGACGAAGCUUAUGAUAACGUUUCGACUCCGUCGGCCUCCGCUCUUCCUUCGCCCCUCGCGCUUUCUGACCGAUUGAGAAGGUCGCCAUCGUUAUAGCAGCACUUGCAUAUUCACACAAGACGCAGCCGCCGUUUUCAGGACCGCGCGCCACACCUUCGUCACUUCCUGCAAUUGUCGCAUAAAUAAGCUUCAUAAUCGCACUCGAUGCCUCACGCCGAGAAGGACACUGUCAACGGCGAGAUGACAACGCGCCUCACUAACGGCGAGAAGCCGCAGUCGAAAGUCCUAUCGCACCUGCAGACCUACCCGGUUGUCAACGACGGCCUCGAGUUCUACAAAUCGCACCCCUACGGCGCAAAGUCCCUCAACCUCGUGCACAAGACCUACAACUCGUUCGUCGCGCCGCUGCACCCCUACCUGCAGACACCGUACUCCUACCUCUCGCCGUACCUCUCGCGCGCCGACGAGCUCGGCGACAGCGGCCUCUCCAAGGUCGACACGCGGUUCCCCAUUGUUAAGGAGGACACCAGCAAGCUCAAGCAGACGGUGUCGGAGUACGUGGGUCUGCCGUUCGCACUCGCGGGCAAGGGCCGGGCGUACGUGGUCGGCACGUGGCAGGAUGAGUACAGCAAGACGAGGGGGGAUGGCGUGGUGAAGAGUGUCAAGGCGCUUAUUAGCACUGAGCUGAAGAUUGGGCUCGAUGGGUAUACGUUGUUGGUGGAGUACUGGCAGAAGGGGCACAAGGAGGUGAACAAGAAGGUUAAUGAGGUGAGUUUGUCCUAGGCUAGGCGCACGGUGCAGGUCGGCGUUGAAGUAGAACCUGAGCUGACGUGCUUCUAGAAGAAGCAGAAAUAGGUGGGGUGUUCCGACUUGUGAUCCUGGUUUGAGAAAAGUGAUGGACGCUUGG